AUGGCUGACGGUGACGGUGACGAUGCAGGUACACCGCAACCGAAUGCACGACACAUCACACACACGGCACCCAACCACAUUGUUUCAUGUCGUUGUCCGUUUCAUUGUGUUUGCAGACGAUGUAGGCGAGGAGGGGCAUAGCGGCGGCGGACCAACAGAGGACGACAAUCGCAAUGGCAUUGACAGCGGUGAGUGACCAACCAAUCAUCUCACAUAGACCAGUCAACACACCAGCAGCACGGCAUACUGAUGUGUUCUCUGUCGGUGCGUCGCCUGUGUCUGUGGUCAGACGAGCAGCAGCAGCAGCAGGGCGGGAUGGCCGACGAGAUGGCCGAUGAGGAGGGAAGUGAUAGCGAAUCGGUAAGGCACUCAUUUAGUCAUUCACGAACACAACACGAGUCAAUGCGAUAUGAUGUCCGUCACGUUCUUCCUUGCCCCUUUGUGGUCUCGGGAUCCCAUGCAGGAGGAUGGCGAUAGCGAUGGUGCUGGCGACGACAUGAACGAAGACGACAAUGAGGAGCCAGACGAGUACAGUGACAUGUUCAGUGACUCGUCCGACGCCGGCUAUGAGGAGGCGGGUACGCCGGACGGACAGAUGUAACAAUGCUAUACACACACUCACUGUGUGUCUCCCUCGUGUGGCGGCUCCCGCAUUGUGCUGCAGGCCAUCCUGUGGUGGCGGCCACUAGCGUGACUGUCCCAGACGGUUGUGUGGGCGUCAAUGACAUCGAGGCUCGCUUCCCCAUCGGCACCAAUGAGGCCACCAAGCAGCUGGGGCUGGGCGUCAUCGGCCGCACCAUCACCGACCCACGCCAAGUGACCGACCUCAUCCAGCAGGAAGCAGCCGACCCCAACGUCAUCCCUCGGCUGCGGAAGAAGGCCAGCAUGCUUCCUGGCCGCGCCCACUCCCUGCUUUGUCUUGCCAUUGACAACCUGUCAGACAAUGCGAUACCGACCAUCCGUGCAGAAAUCGAUGAGGGUGCUGACCGCGUCGUCACCAUGCCGCAGUGGUCGUCAGAUGGGCUGCAGGGGGGCGUCACGACGGCACUCAUCGAAAGGGGCGCUGACAUCAAUGUGGGACGCACUGAUCACGACGAAGACCCCAGGCCCAUCUGUUUGGCCAUCGCAUCCGGCAACGAGACGACAUUCAGCAUCCUGGUGGAGCGGGACGACAUCGACCUGCGCGGAGCAACGGUGAUGAAGCUGCCGUGUCCGCUGCGUGACCCUCCCUCCGACUACCUGCAGCUGCUGUGGUCGAUGUUCCAGCGCCUUAUCGACCGCGACCCCACCCUCGCCGCCGAACAACGCUUCAACCACAACCUGGUGCAUUUGGCAGCCACUCGGGCGGGGAGUCACUACCCCAAGUCGUUCAUCUACGCCUACCUGGACCUCAUCACACAGCACGGGGCCGACAUGACGGCAGUCGAUGGCAUUGGAUGGACGCCACUGCACUACGCGGCAGAGUCUGGCUCCCCCUACGUGGCCGACUACCUCUGCCGUAAGCUGCCCGCUGACCAGAUCGACAGACAUGUCCUUAUCAGCAACCACACGCCCCUCGCCAUGGCUGCCAAACAGCUCGAUCUGCUCCUGCAGGUCCAGGAGGCAGAGAACUACGAGGGGGCCGAGAUCACUGAAGAGGAAUGUCGUGCCGAGAGUGACAAGGUCAAGGCGAUCAUCCAUUCGCUACUGCGAAUAGGCGCCGACAUCAACAGCCUCCCCACGGCCAGAGAGGAGCGCCGCCGUCGCCGCCAGCUGGUGCUGACUGAGUACACCACGGUGUUUAAGGAGGUGGGCCCUGCCUUCAUGUCGGCCGUCAACGCCGCCCUCGCCCCCCACCGCGGCCUCGCUGCCCUCCUGACCCCCCGGCUGGCCGUCGGCCCGCAGGAAGCCCCCAUCUUUGGCUGGCGCAUCGCGUCAUACCUCUUCGACAUGGAUGCCGCCCAGGAGGCCAUCGGUGAGGCCAUCGGUGUGCGGCACACCGACAUGGCCCGGCGUUUGUGUGCGGCAGCGGAGCACUUGGUGCGUUCGGCGGUGUACAGGGCCAGCAGCAACAGGGAGGUGGUGGGCGGGACGGCCGAUGUGGGCGGCCAGGUGGUGCGUGUGCCGCAGCUGCAGUGCUUUGUGGUGGGCGGUGUGGGUGGCCGCGAGAUGGAGUUGCGUGAGGUGGUGCAGCGGGCCAUCCUGGACGAGGCGGUCAAGUGGGGGCUGGCGGGGGAGAUCGACAACGGCUUCAACAAGGAUGUGGCUGCGGUGGUGUGGGGGGCACUGGGGUGUCUGGAGAAGGGGCGGGAUGGCAGGGUGAGCUUCAGGUCGCUGCAGCUCACGUGAGAGAGGCACACAGAUAGGUGACUGAGGGAAGGAGGCAGUGAGGGGGGUUUUAAUGUGUAGACGGAUGGUUGGUGGGGCGUGUUUUAUCUAUUCACUCGCGGCUCGACAGAUAGACAAGAUGGUGGGAUGGAAGGCAGGCACAUGCAGAGACGUCACUCGGAUGUGAUGUGUUCACCCAUCUAUGGCGAUAUCACGUGAAUGCAGUGGGUGAUGAAUGACUCACCUCCUGGCCGCCUUUUUGCAUGUGAAGAGAAACGGUUGCUGGGUGGAGUGCCUGGCUGGCGGACAGUCUUUUACCGGUGCUUUGUGGUGACUGC